GCAGCUCAAGCGAUUAUCGCUAUCAUUUACACCUUUUUCAGCGUUGUUUUCACACGAUGUUCAUCCGCACAACGAUUCGCGCUUCUUCUGAUUCUUCCAGUGAUGAAAAUUAUUCUGAAACGACUAGUUGCCCAAGUGAUGUCAGAAAAUCCAGAUUCCAUCGCAGGCGUGGUUGUCUUCACUGUGGAUGUUUUCAAUGGUUUAUACAGCUCGAUCUGUGUACAAGCGUCGGGUUCGUGGUUGAGUUUGUAUUUGAUUAUUAGCUUCACCGUUGUGCAAACGCUGCUGUCU